CGACAACCUCCGUCGCGCGGACCAGCUGUGCGGGCGGGGCCGGCGGGAAGCCCGGCGCCCUGGAGGAGCCGCGGGUGGCGGCGCGGCCCGAGCCGCAGGACGACGAGGAGGACGAGGAGGAGGCGCUGCCGCACUCCGAGGCGGUGGACGUGUUCCAGGAGGGCCUGGCCAUGGUUGUGCAAGACCCGCUGCUCUGCGACCUUCCGAUCCAGGUUACUUUAGAAGAAGUUAAUUCCCAAAUAGCAUUAGAAUACGGCCAAGCAAUGACAGUGCGAGUGUGCAAGAUGGAUGGAGAAGUUAUGCCUGUGGUUGUAGUCCAGAACGCCACGGUCCUGGACCUGAAGAAGGCCAUCCAGAGAUACGUGCAGCUCAGGCAGGAGCGCGAGGGAGGCAUUCAGCACAUCAGCUGGUCCUACGUGUGGAGGACAUACCACUUGACCUCCGCGGGAGAGAAACUCACAGAAGACCGGAAGAAACUCCGAGAUUACGGUAUCCGGAAUCGGGAUGAGGUGUCCUUCAUCAAAAAGCUGAGACAGAAAUGAGUCUCCAGACUUGGACAGCUCUGUGUGCAGGCGGCUGAGCUCUUCCCUGGCAGAAGGAAGCCUUGGGCCACUGUGCCCUUUCCCCAGAUGGGUGGGAGAAAGCCUGACCCCAGCUGGACUCGCCUGGACUCUCAAGUGAACUCUGAUCCCAGGGCUGUGGGCCUGGCCCUGUGUACAGAAUAAACCCUGUUUGCUUUGA